AUGGCUAUCGAAUCCACAUUACGUCCAUCCCAUUCGGGCUGGAGUAUUGCAACGACGACGGUCGAGAGCGAACUUCUCAGUCCCUUAGAGGCACCACUGACCAGCGACUCGCCUUCAACACCGGCGUGCUGGAGACUGCACGACGUAAGACGGAUUAACCGGGUAGGCGAUAUGGAUAGCAUUUCUCGUCUUCUUCGGUUUCGCCCAUUUACCGAUGACUUUGAGCUCAAACCGCACAUUCCUACGCGGGACAGUGCCUACGAGACCCCAUAUUCACCAUGGACGUGGAAACCAUACGAGUCCCGUGAUCUUAGCGCUGAGAACAUUUCCGAAGCGCUAGCCUGGGAAAGCAUGAAGAGGAUAUUGGAAAUACCGUUCGAGGACUGGGUCCGGCAUGCUCUUGGUCUAGCGCCUAUCAGCGUUGAAAACCUGGAGCGUGGAUAUAUCGAGCUGGGUUGCCGGCUCUUCUAUUAUCUUCGGCGAAAUAAGGCUCAGGAAACAAAGUACCAAACAGUUCAGAAGGUGGGUUUCUGCUUGUAUGGAUGUGAUUUGGGCUGA